AUUCCACGUCGACCCCACGAGUCAUGCAGCACUCCGGCACCCCACGCAGGCCCCUCCCGUCACGCCAGUACGGCACCGCCACGCCGCUGGAGCUGGACUCCACUUGAGCUCGCGCGCUGGCGCUGGUGGAGUUGCUGUCGCGCUUGCGCUCGAAGCCUUGAACCACCAUUACCCACCGGCCACACCGCCUAUAUUACCCCUGCCUCCUCCGCCGGCUCACCCAGAGACUCGCGUAGCUGCUGCGUCGCCAUUGCGCUGCUUGCUUGGCUUGCUCUGUGUCUGUCGAUCGAGAGAGGCGGAGGGAUCAGGCCUAGACCAUUCCGCCUGAGAUCAACAAGCAAGACAUCAAGAGAGAGACGACUGAGAUGGAGGUGGAGCACGGCGAAGAGAUGAUGAUGGUCGUGGUGGCGGGGGAGGAGGAGGAGGGGUGGCAGACGCCGAGGCGCGAGGACUGCCGCAUCCCGGUGGUGCCGCCGUGCCCGGCGGCGCCGCCGAGGAAGAAGGCCGUCGCGAUGGCGGAGGCGGCCGGAGGGAGCGGCGGCAGGCGGCGGGACCCGCCCAAGGGUGGGUACUUCCAGCCGCCGGACCUCGAGUCCCUGUUCGUGCUGGCGCCGCGGCGGAGGCAGGCGGCCUCAAGCUGCGCGUGAAAAGGCUGCACGCGUCGACGUGCUGCUCACAUACGUCGUACGCACCGCGGCGGCGCGGCACCGGGCGGCCAUGGUCGUCCUCCGGGCUCCGGCGGUCGGUGAACCGGCCGGCGAUAGGUAGCUGGUGGUAGAGUAGUUGUAUAGCGUGUCUACGUGUAGUUCUGGGCUAGUAGGUGUAGGGGAUGCAGCUGCAGUACCUUUCUUUUUUGGGGGUCUCUUUUGGGAGAAGAUGAUGGAUGUGCAUGCAGCCGUUUGGUGCUCUGAUGCCUCUGUGCGUGUGCGUUCGUGUGUGUGUUGCAGUCAGCUGGAGACUGACAAAAGCAGUAGAGGAGAUCGAUGGAAGGUCCAAAAGGGCCUCAAAAGUUUGGAACCUGUUACCUGUGUACCAGCAUGUUGUGAAUGCUGUUUGCGAGUUGGACAAAUGUGUGCAUGCCUUGUGUUAUUCCGCUUCCGUUUCUGAAUGAUUUCUCCCUUGGCUGGAA